UUUUUUUUUUUUCAUACUCUUGGCUUUUUCAGUUGGAUUAUCGUUAUUUAUUUAUUUAUUUAUUUACUUACUUUACAUAAAAGUGGACCAACCAUCUGUAGUGGUAUUAGACAUAAAAUCCCCCGCAUCUCUAAUUUAUCAUGAAGCUCUGUUUCUACCUGUUAAAUGGGUGUGUGUUUUUAUAGCCCCUCCCCUGCCCACUGCACUUGCUGUGAUUCACCACACAGAUAAAUGAGGACGGAGUGGACGCGCUGAGCUGAAAACUUGUUAUGGCCGAUGUUCCUGUGUUUGUGUAGCAUCUGCUAUGACAACAGACUUUUGGUCAGUUUUCCCCGACAAAAACUUUGCCAAGACAUGACUUUCCUACAUGUGGGUGGAAUUUUCUUUAAUUAAUUAUUUUUUAAAAGAUGAGGUUUAGCCAAAUAUAAUUUCAGAAGGAUUGUCUUCCUUUGCUGGGGUGUUCUGUAAUGCCCCUUUUGUUUUGGACUCUAAGGCGUUCUUUAAAAGGUGGUUGUUUGUCAGGGGUGAGCGCUGUCAGUGCCUUCUGAUGAAUCAGGCAAUGAACGGCUUGUCUAGCGUAGGUUCACCUUGGUUAAGGUACCUUCCAAAAUCUCCUGGCUUUGAGCAUCACUCUUGAAUGAGCGAUCGUCUUCUGAUCAAAGGUGGCAAGAUUGUGAAUGAUGACCAGUCCUUCUAUGCAGACAUAUACAUGGAAGAUGGGUUGAUCAAGCAAAUAGGAGAAAACCUGAUUGUACCAGGAGGGGUGAAGACCAUCGAAGCCCACUCCAGAAUGGUGAUUCCCGGAGGGAUUGACGUGCAUACUCGCUUCCAGAUGCCUGACCAGGGAAUGACAUCCGCUGAUGACUUCUUCCAGGGAACCAAGGCGGCCCUGGCCGGGGGAACCACCAUGAUCAUUGACCAUGUUGUUCCUGAGCCCGGGACGAGCCUAUUGGCUGCCUUUGAUCAGUGGAGGGAGUGGGCUGACAGCAAGUCCUGCUGUGACUAUUCGCUGCACGUGGACAUCACUGAGUGGCACAAGGGCAUCCAGGAGGAGAUGGAAGCUCUGGUGAAGGACCACGGGGUAAACUCCUUCCUCGUGUACAUGGCUUUCAAAGAUCGAUUCCAGCUGACGGAUUCCCAGAUCUAUGAAGUGCUGAGCGUGAUCCGGGAUAUCGGUGCCAUAGCUCAAGUCCACGCAGAGAAUGGUGACAUCAUUGCUGAGGAACAGCAGAGGAUCCUGGAUCUGGGCAUCACGGGCCCCGAGGGACACGUGUUGAGCCGGCCAGAGGAGGUCGAGGCUGAAGCUGUGAACCGGUCCAUCACUAUUGCCAACCAGACCAACUGCCCUCUGUAUGUCACCAAAGUGAUGAGCAAGAGUGCGGCUGAAGUCAUCGCUCAGGCACGGAAGAAGGGAACUGUGGUGUAUGGUGAGCCCAUCACGGCCAGCCUGGGGACUGAUGGCUCUCAUUACUGGAGCAAGAACUGGGCCAAGGCUGCGGCCUUUGUCACCUCCCCACCCUUGAGCCCCGACCCAACCACUCCAGACUUUCUCAACUCGUUGCUGUCCUGUGGAGACCUCCAAGUCACUGGCAGUGCCCACUGCACCUUCAACACUGCCCAGAAGGCUGUGGGGAAGGACAACUUCACCUUGAUUCCCGAGGGCACCAACGGCACUGAGGAGCGGAUGUCUGUCAUUUGGGAUAAAGCUGUGGUCACUGGGAAGAUGGAUGAGAAUCAGUUUGUGGCUGUGACCAGCACCAACGCAGCCAAAGUCUUCAACCUUUACCCCCGGAAAGGUCGCAUCUCGGUGGGAUCUGAUGCUGACUUGGUCAUCUGGGACCCUGACAGUGUGAAGACCAUCUCUGCCAAGACACACAACAGUGCUCUUGAGUACAACAUCUUUGAAGGCAUGGAGUGUCGCGGCUCCCCACUGGUGGUCAUCAGCCAGGGCAAGAUUGUCCUGGAGGACGGCACACUUCAUGUCACUGAAGGCUCAGGACGCUACAUUCCCCGGAAGCCCUUCCCUGACUUUGUGUACAAACGCAUCAAAGCAAGGAGCAGGCUGGCUGAGCUGAGAGGGGUCCCUCGUGGCCUGUAUGACGGACCGGUAUGCGAGGUGUCUGUGACGCCCAAGACGGUGACUCCAGCCUCAUCAGCUAAGACAUCCCCUGCCAAGCAGCAGGCACCACCUGUUCGGAACCUGCACCAGUCUGGAUUCAGCUUGUCUGGUGCUCAGAUUGACGACAACAUUCCCCGCCGCACCACCCAGCGCAUCGUGGCACCCCCUGGUGGCCGUGCCAACAUCACCAGCCUGGGCUAAAGCCCCUAGGCCUGCAGGCCACUUGGGGAUGGGGGAUGGGACACCUGAGGACAUUCUGAGACUUCCUUUCUUCCAUUUUUUUUUUUUUUAAAGAGCCUGUGAUAGUUGCUGUGGGCAGCCAGUUCCUGGGGCUUCCUCUUGGGCCCCCUGCACUCGGUCUCCCCUGGAGUUUCUGAAUUCUCUCACCCAAGUCCCUACACAGUCAUGAACACCACACCCAAGCCUAGCCAUCCACCCCACACGGAGCUGCAUCCAACAUGCAGACAUGCGCCACCAAGCAGAUCCCAGCAAGGGUGCCCCAGUCACAUCCUUGGCCAUGCAGUUAGCACCUUCCUGUCAUGGGGAAGAUAUAGUGAAUUGCCCUGAGCUGCCUUCUUUUCUUUUUAAAAAUUUUUAAAUAAGGUUUUCUUUGUGGGACUGGGGAGGGGUGGGGAGGGUGGGAGAGAUUUUUUUUUUUUUUAAUACUAAAUUGAAAGCCUGAUUCAAUAUUAAUCCUCGGGUCUUGAACUGGACAUCCUAAUGAUGCAAUUAUGUAACCAUUAAGCUGAUUCCGAGGCUGGCAGGCUAGGGCCGCCCCUCUGGAAAGGUUCCAUGUGUCUCCAUCCCCAUCCCUUACUCUUCGGGUCAGCUGUUGAGAAGAGGCGGGUUUUCUUCAUUGGCCUAGAUUUUGCGGCAGAUUAGACCUUUUGAAGGUUCUCCACCAUUUUCGUACGUCUCCUGUCCUGGUUUUUUCUUCUGCACUCUUGGAGAGAUUUAGAUGUUGGUCUCCUGGUUUGUGUUUCUCCGAGACAAUGCUCUUUUUUUUUUUUUUUUUUUUUUUUUUUUUUUUUCCUCUUAACUCUGUCUGCUCUUAAAGCCAGGCAACCCAGUUUGGUCUCAGGCAUAGCCUGAGCAGAUCUUAGUUUUGCCCCCACCACCAUAGUUUUGUGCUAUCCUAGUUUCUGUUAAGAUUGGUGCUAUCCAAUUCCCAUCACUAGGAGGUGGCUGAGCUUGAGGCUUGCCAGACACAGGAAUGGCCCCGAUUAUGUCACCAAUAUUGUCACAUGUGGGCCAAGAAUAGAGUCACAUGUGGUGGAAAGAUGAGGAGUUAGGCUGUAGAAGUGACAGUUUCCAGUCAAAUCUGUAAACCCAGCCCCCAAGCUGAGACCAGUCUCCCUGUGGCGGAGCCAGCCAAGAUGGGGCCAUUCUCUCUGUGGAGGAGCCCCUUCCAGCCUUUGUCAGGAAGUGUCUUUGGGGAUUCUAGAAUGUUGGGACUUCUCAGUGUGUGUGUUGUGGUGGGGGAACUUUUUUUUUUUUUCUGUACAGUUUUUUUUUUUUUUUUUUUUCUCAAAAGGUCUAACAUGGUGGUGGAAGGUAGAAAUCUUUGGGAUACUUAGACUUCAAGUCUUUUACAAGAGGGACAACCCUAUUUUGGGAAACAAUAUCUCAUGGGAAGAAAACUGUACACACUGAACGCAUAGCCCGCUUAGAGAUCACAUCGCCUCUUAGAGACCAUGUCACCUCCUAUCUGUCACCCUUCCUCUUCCUGUCACAGUGACAGGUCUUCACUAGCUGGCUUCUUUCUGUACUUGCUGACUUCUGUCAUAUUUCUUUCCAGAUGUGUUUACAGGUCCCUGUAAGCAGUGUUAGGUCCAUAGGCUUUUAUGACUCCAGUCUGCAAGCAGUGUUAGGUUGACCUCAUAGGCUUUUAUGAUUCCAGUCUGCUGGUAUGAAGCAGAGCAUCAAAAAAAAUUCGUGAUUCCUUGAGUGUCCACACGUUUUGUCUUUGGGGGUUAAGGGUUGGGAUUUUGGGUUUGUUGUUAAUUUUGUUGUUUUAAAGGUAAAUUGCACUUUUAAAAAUUGGUUGACUUAAUAUAUUUGCUCUUUUUUUUUUUUUACCUGCACUUAGAGAGGAAAUUUGAACACCAGAAACCACUUUUUUUUUCUCCCUGUUUAUUUGUUUGGAUUCUGAGAAACUUGCAGCUCUUCACCAUUUACUCCUGAUGUUUCUUGUAUGGGGCCGUGGCCCUUUUGGUUGUUUUUGGUCAUUUUCUUAAAAACACAACACAACACAAUACAACACAACAGUUUUAAACCUGAAGAUUUCCGCAGUCCGUGUAAGCAUGUUUACCCGUUGGCUCGCUUUCUGUGUCUGUUAAAUGAAUGUCAUAUGUAAAUGCUAAACUAAGUCAACAGUGUCUCAGAACUGAAUAACUGCAGUGACUUGAUGCUCUAAAUCAUUGUAGGAUUUACCGCUAGAUGGUUUUGAACCCUUGAACCUGUGAUUGUGACCCAUGAGGGGGGACCUUUCAGUGCUAAAGCUGAUCAUGUGUGUAGCCAGAAAGGUACUUUUUUUCUUUUAAUUUUUGUUUUAUUUUUUGUAACCACUGUCUUAAUGGCAAAAUAAUUAUGGUAAAAUACAAGUCUCGUGUUUAUUAUUCCUUAAGAAGUCUGUGUUAUAUUACCACGGAACACCCAAUAAAGCAAAAUGUGGUUGUUUCA